AUGGUUCUUCCCAUCGUUGGAGUAGGGGGGCUAGGCAAGACCACCCUAGCGCAGCUCAUUUACAAUGAACCUGAAAUUCAGAAGCAUUUCGAGUUGUUGAUAUGGGUCUGUGUCUCUGAUAGCUUUGAAGUGGAAUCCCUGGCUAGAAGUAUCCUUGAAUUUCUUCCUCAAAAAAGUACAGUUGACUCAGGCUCCAAGAAAAGCCCACUGGAUAGGCUUCGAGAUGGACUAAGCGGGUGUAGCUAUCUCCUUGUAUUGGAUGACGUCUGGAACCGAGAGAGCGAUAAGUGGGAAAAGCUCAAGGCCCACCUUACACAUGGUGCCAAGGGUAGUGUGGUUCUGACAACUACUCGAGAUGGCGGUGUCGCAAAAAUAAUGGGUUCAGUGAAACCCUACGAUCUCGCAGAGUUGGAGGAUGACUACAUAAAGGAAAUUAUCGAGACGAGAGCAUUCGGUUUGCAGAAGGAAGAAAACAGGCCUACCGAACUAGUGAAAAUGGUUGGUGAUAUUGUGAAGAGAUGUCGUGGCUCUCCAUUGGCCGCAACAGCACUGGGCUCUGUGCUGCGUACAAAGAGCAGCGAAGAAGAAUGGAAGGCUAUAGCAAUCAGAAGCAACAUUUGCACCGAGGAGUCUGGAAUAUUACCAAUACUCAAGCUCAGCUAUAAUGACUUGUCAUCGCAGAUGAAGCAGUGCUUUUCUUUCUGUGCUGUGUUUCCCAAGGAUUAUGAAAUUGAUGUGGACAAGCUGAUCCAACUAUGGAUUGCACACGGGUUUAUUCAGGAACAAAACAAAGUCCGUCCUGAGACAAUUGGCCAAAGGAUUUUCAGUGAGAUGGCCUCAAGGUCAUUCUUUGUGGAUGUGAAGCAAGUCCGAGUCUUAUUCAAUGAGCGCUGGAGGAGGGGUAAUUAUUCCAAACAUACAUGCAAAAUCCACGAUCUGAUGCAUGAUGUUGCACUAUCUACAAUGGGAAAAGAUUGUGCUCUUGCACCUGAGAAACUAGGUCAGAUAGAGUGGCUUCCAGAUACAGCUCGCCACUUACUUCUGUCUUGUGAAGAACCAGAGAUCAUUUUGAAUGAAUCUCUAGCAAAAAUAUCUCCAGCAAUCCAGACACUUAUGUGUGAUAGGAUAAUGAAACAUCCAUUACGGCAUAUAUCAAAAUACAGCUCUUUGAAGGCAUUACAGCUCCGUACAUGGAGCAGGUCAUUCCCCUUGAAAUCAAAGCAUCUGCAUCACCUAAGGUAUCUUGAUCUCUCAAGUAGUUGCAUCAAAGCACUUCCUGAAGAUAUAAGCAUUCUAUAUAACCUGCAAACAUUGAACAUCUCUCACUGCGGGAGUCUUCGUCGGCUUCCAAGACAAAUGAAGCAUAUGACUGCCCUUCGUCAUCUCUACACUCAUAAUUGUCCAGGGAUGAGGAACAUGCCUGGUGAUCUCCGAAAACUCAUGUCAUUACAGACACUUACAUGUUUUGUAGCAGGUCCUAUUGGCUCUAAGUGCAGUGUUGUUGCAGAAUUGCAACAGUUAAACCUUGGUGGUGAGCUACAGCUACAUCAACUAGAGAAUGUGACAGAAGAAGAUGCAAAAUCUGCAAAUCUCAAAAACAAGAAGGAACUUCGAGAAUUGUCAUUAAAAUGGACUGUUGGUGGUAGUGAUGAUGCAAGGGUGCUCGAGGGUCUCAAACCUCAUGAUGGGCUGCAGGCUAUAAUGAUAGAAUCCUACGGAGGAACCACCUUUCCAACAUGGAUGGCUAUCUUGCUAAAUAUGGUUGAGAUCCAUCUUUCCGACUGUAAAAAACUUCAAUGGUUAUUCAGUUGUGGUACAUCCUUCACUUUUCCAAAUCUGAAGGUGUUUACACUACGAGGUCUGGAAUGUUUGGAACAAUUGUGGCAAAUAACAAAUGAGGAACAAGAUGAAGAGAUAAUAUUUCCUCAGCUUGAGAAGUUGUGUGUUAUAGGUUGUCCAAAGCUUACAAUGAAAGAUAAAGCACCAAAGCUGACUGAGUUAGACUUCAAGGGAGUUGAGGAAGAGAUAUUCCUGUGGGUAGCUAGAUAUAUGACUUCACUGAUCAAUCUGAAACUGAAGAACCUUGAAGGCACGGAAACAACCUCUACGGCGGUUGAUCAUAGUUUGAAACAAGUGAUGGACGUCAUGGAAAAAGAGAAUCAUCAUGAUUUCCCUCUGGCAGAUAUGAAGUUAAAUGGCUUGAAGUCAGGUGUAACUGAGCUAUGUGCAUGUUUUAAACAGCUUCAACACUUGCGUAUUGAUGAUUGUACUGCACUUGUCUACUGGCCAGAGAAAGAGUUCCAGAGCUUGGUAUCCUUGAGGAGUCUAGAGAUUUGGUACUGUAAACAGCUGGUUGGAUGUGUAGAUGCUCCUGCAGCUGAGCCAUCAACAGUUUCAAAACCCUCGAGUCAGCCCCUGCCACAUCUCGAGUCUCUCUUUAUAUGGGGUUGUGAAAGGAUGGUAGAGGUCUUCAAACUCCCUGCAUCCAUGAGGAAAAUGACAAUUGAGAAUUGCAGUAACCUCAAGUCCAUAUUCAGCAGGAGUCUUCAGCAGCAGGGAGAGUCAGCAUCAUCGAUUCUUCAAGGGUCACCUAUACAUUCAGAGGUGUUAUCAUCAUCAGCCAUAGCCAGGGUGGAACAUUUUCCCUGUCCAUGUUUAGAAGAUAUAGUCAUACACACGUGUGACAGCUUAACAGGGGUCCUCGAUCUUCCCCCAUCCCUCAAGAGAAUUGCAGUUUCUCGGUGCUGUGAGUUGAGAUCAGUGGAAUCUCACUCGGGAGAGUUCCCAUCAUUGGAGAGGCUUUACAUUGAAAAUUGCAAAACCCUGUCAUCCCUGCCGGAUGGGCCACAAUCAUACACAUCUCUCCGGUGCCUUGAGAUUGGAAACUGUCCUGGUAUAAAGAGGCUCCCUGCAGGCCUGCAGGAGCGUCUAAGCAGCCUCGAGGAGAAACAUCUAGAUGCCCGCUAUCAAGAGCCUACUCUACUGAAGCCCAAGACAUGGAGAAAUGCCUUCCGCAGAGAUUAG